AAUAUACAAUAAGCUUAAGCUUAAAACAAAAAUAAAUCAUCACAAUGUAGGCCCUACAUUCUACAGACACUUUAGAUGCUACGUCAAAGUUUUAAAUCACGAUCUGCUUGAUCUUUGUCCAUUAAACAUCUUUCGAGGUAAUCGAACAUUGUUUUUGUUUUUUAUCGACAAAUGGAAAGGGGGAACAUAAAAGCAUUAUGCAAUAAUAUUGUUCUGAAGAAACAACAAUGUCUUUCAGCUAUGCUGAUACACUCAUGACACAACUGUGUGCUAACAAAAUAAUAGGCCUAUAUAAUAUAAUACUUUGUGAAUGAAAUUGAUGCUGAAAGAAAAGAAAAGAGCCGCGCAUAAUGUGGAAAAAAAAACGUAGGUCUAUUGUGGUGUUCUCCAGAGAUUUAUCAAAGACGCAUAGACAGGAGUAAUGAGUCUGGUCCACGAGAGAGACAGUAAAUGAUGAGAUUUAUUUCGUGAUGGGCUACAUAACGUAAUUAAUUAAAAAAAUAAUUAUCUUCUAAGAUAAACAAGUACGACCGCAGGGGAGGCUACUCCAAAAUUAAAAGUGUUCUUGAUAAACUUCCGGGGCAUGUUGAUAAGUGACAACAGUCCAGUUCUGUGCAUAGGAACCACAUAUUUCACAUGCUCAGAGCUUGGUGCUGAGUCAACUAAAUGGUCCAGAGUUGGCCAUGCCCAUCUGGAAGGAGCAAGUUCUGCAAAACUAUGAAAAGCUGAAGACAAAUGUAAUCCGAAACAUGGCAAUUAUUCUCUAAGUCUGCUGUGCCUGCUGUGGCUUUGUAAAAUGAAAAAUGGAAAAAUCUACAUGUAUAUUUGUGGCACUAUCAGUUCUUUCUUUAUUUGUUUGUAGUUUAGGAUAUGAUGUGAAAGCUCAGUUAGAGAAGUACACACCAAAUUACACAAUAUACCACAACAUUUCUCAAAUAAAUUCAGAUCUCUCUCUAUUGGAAAAACUUCACAAAGAUUACAUCACUUUAAGUCAUAGUUUUAAGUCCAGGAAAGGAAUGUCACAGAUAUUUGCCAAAAUCUCAAAUUCAUCUCAGGAUGCAUCCCAGAGCACAAGCAAGACAAAAAUUCUUUUGGUCUUUGGGGAGCAUGCCAGAGAAUUUUUCCCCGUUGAAAGCAUGUUUUAUUUCUUGAAAAAUCUAACUGGCGGUUUACCUGGAAGUGUGAGGGACAAUCCAGGCCAAAAGUUUUCUAAAUGGGUUUUGGAUAACUUUGAUAUCCACAUAAUUUGCUUAGCAAACCCUGAUGGAAGAGAUUAUGUAGAAAAGUCCAACAAUUAUUGCUGGAGGGGAACAAGUUUAGGGGUGGACAUUAACAGAAAUUUUGAUUGGAAUUAUGGAGGCAAAGGCAGUUCAAAUGACCCCUCUGAUGGAGAGUACAGAGGAACUCAUGUUUUUUCUGAACCAGAGACAGCAAUAUUUAGAAAAGUUACAGAAUCAACAAAGUAUGAUGCCUUUCUGUCCUUCCAUUCUGGGAUUCGACACAUUUAUAUCCCCUAUGCAGAUUCUAAGUCACGACUUAAUCACCGUUCCCCUUCGAAUAAGAUUGAUCUACUUAAACUAGCUUCUAAAAUGGCGAAAUCAUCACAGGCAAGACCUUUCAAAUAUGGACUUGCCUAUGAUCUGAAUGACUAUACCGCUGAUGGAACUUCAUUUGAUUUCAUGGCUGGCGUUCGAAAGAUACCUUUUUCAUUUGCUGUUGAGAUGUGGCAGCACAACCAUCAUUUAGGAAAAAGUUGUUUUGAUGAAUUCAACCCUCAGAGUGAAGCUUUACAGGAGGAAUUACAACUGAUCCACCCACUCUAUGUUGAGCUCUUGACUUUUCUACACUCAUGGAAGAAGAAGCAACAUCGUCAAAAGCAAAUUAACAUUUGGAAAAAUCAGUCUUUGGCUCGACAGAAGAAAGACCGAUACCCUCGUGUUCCCAUGAGAUAUGACGCCUUGUUCCAUUCACAGUCCACUCGAGAGGUACCACAUCAGUCAGCCAGCACAAGUCCUUUGAUGUACCUCUUCUUAUUGUCGCUUACCGUGCUUUUUCUGGUGUUGGGUGCAAAACACAUCUGCUAUAUGAUGAGAAAGAAAAGAGUUGUGAAUCUGAGGUCUUUAAGUUCAACCUUUUCCAUGCUUAAGAAUUUAUGAUACUGCACUCACUGAGUGUUAUUUGGAUACUGCACUCACUGAAGUGUUAUUUGUGAUCACUGUAUAUAUAUAUAUAUCAAAGAAGUAACCUUGUGUGAUUAACUUUUUAAAGGUCACUUGAUCUGAUUCUGUCACAUAUUUUCUAGGUUUGGGACAUUUUGGUUUUCUGAGAAAAUCAACAGCAAAUGUCAUUAAAUUAAUAUAUCUUUACUGUUUUGUUUUGUGUUCAUAAUGAAUUGUUGAAUUGUAGUAACAGAACAAAGCACUACUGUUGUGUGUGGAUUUUUGUUUUCUUUUUUUCAAUUUGUAUGUAAGAAUAUAUGUGGGUCAUGGGGUUGCAUGUUUGUGUGUGUGUGUGAGAGAGAGAGAGAGAGAGAGAGAGAGAGAGAGAGAGAGAGAGAAAUUUGUGUGCUGUCGUUAAAUGGCUUUACAGUAUGCAUUUUCUGUCUUUUGAUUUGUCCAGAUAUGUUUAGUGAUAAUUCUAUAUUGCAUAGCACUUAAAGCCAUCUAGGAACUAGGCACAGCAUAUAAAUUCCAUUUAUUAUGUAAUUAUUAUAUUGCUAUUAUUAUUUUAUUAUAACUCUUUAAACUGCUGUAUGUUAACAAAGCAAAAGCACAAUAUUUUUGUACUUGAAAUAAAAAUAAUUUUAAAAAUAUACCCUCCAAGGUGAUAAAAAAAGAGAUAAUUUAGAAUGUGGUUUUCACAUUGUUAGGUUUAAGGGAUUUAUUUUACUUCUAUGCUAGGCUCAAAACUAUUUCAGAAAGUUUAUGGCAAAGAAAUGGCACCAGAAGUUAAUGUGUUACUCAGCUUGGGGGUAACACAUAGACACGAUUUAGAUUGUAAAGGAGGUUGUGAUCCAACCCUGCCAUUCAGGUCCUGCCCGACAUGGGUGAAUACAACUCAGCAGAAAAAAAGAAAGGUAUGUAAUAGAAUAUGUUCUCCAUGUUGAAAUCGAACUCAGGUCUUCUAUGUUACAAGGGAAAGAGCCAACCCGUUACAACACAGAUGUUGUUUAUUCAUUCAUCUGUGUGUUUAUGACAUAAUGUGCCAUAUAAUUGCCCUCCCUUUACGUAUGUUGUAGGAGGGAACUCAGCGCAGAAGAUGUUGAGAUUUUUCUCCCUGUCCCUCCGUUUGUCGCCCCACCGAGGAGUUCUCUUGCUAACAAACCAGUACAUUAAAAAAAAAGUUGCUAGACCAGUUGUUGUUUUUUAUCAUUGUCUUUUUCAGUUGCCUUCAACAGUGCUCUGUACAAUGGUUUUUGUAAGUUUUCAUGCUGGGCUACGUGUUCGAACUAGACGAGUUUUCUCCUUGUUACUAUAGCUAGUAGUAUCUCAUAUAGGAUAGAAGAAAAAUUUGGAAACACCAUGACUGAUUAUUAUUUACCGCGGAAAAUCAUUUUUAGUCAAGGACAAGAUAAGAUAACUCGUGUUCAAAUAUCUCAAACCAUUCUUCAAAUUUUUAAACAGAUUUUAUUUGUCACUUUUUUAUCAGUCUCAGGAAAUUACUAUUAUGUUAUUUAAUCUCCCCGAACUCUUUUAGAAAGGUGUUUACAUGUACUUAUAUGUUUUAUUAUGCCUUUUAAAACUUUGAUCCCAAUUUCCGUGUAUGCAUGUGGGUUUUUUGUUGUUGUUUUUUUUCUUUUGUUCAGCACAGGGUUGUUUGAUUGUACUGCUCAAGAAUCCUUAGCCAAAAUUCAAAGAAUAUAAUAUUUGCAAGGUAUUGAAUAAAUUAUCGGUAUGAGUUGAAAGGAGUUUUUAAAUGUAUAAUUCAAUCUUUGUGCUACUGCAACCAAGCAACUGACUUUUUUUUCUCAGUGGUCUAUACUUUUAUUGCUUUUUGGCAGUGCUGGAUGGCCUGAGUGAUACAAGGAAAAUGAUAUUUGAUUGAUUAUUGUCUUUUGUACUUUGAGCAGGUAACUAUAUUGAGUAGACCAAGAUGAUCCUUUUGGGAAUGAAUGAAUGAAUGAUAAAUAUGUUGUCUUUCAUACCUGUUGCCUGCAAUAAUAUUCCAGUGCUAUCAAGAUAAUGCAUAUUCCACAAUCAGCCAAAUCAAUUUCUUGGUGUUUCCAGAUCAAGCAUAAAAUUUAUUCAAGUAAAUGCUUUAGGAGCAUCUUACAAACUUACAGCAUUUUCAUUCAUUCUGUCUUGUAAUUUCCUUCCUUGUUUUUUAUUGGAAUUAACGAAUGCCCGCCAAGUCUUGGUUCUGAUUUUGGUGCUUUCUUGUUUAUUAGUUUUCUCCAAAACUUCGAAAAACGACUUAACAAUCAUGGAAUGGCGCUGAUGAUUUGUUAUUCUUUAUACAUUGUAUUAUAUACUACAUGAUCCAAAAAGCGAUAAUUUCUGUAUACAGUCAAAUCUUGUUAUACUGCCUGCCUUGGGAUGAGCGUACAGUUGACGGUACAGCAGGGCUGUCAGAAUAACGGAAUAGCACUCAUUGCCACCUUGACUAGUGGUAGACUGGUAAAGACUAGAGACAAACUGUGGCCAGUCAUACUUUAUCUAGAUCUGGUUUGCACGAUUGCCAUGGGCAUGAAAAAAAAGACAUGAAGCAAUCUAUUACAUGAACACCUCCAGCUAAAUUUUAUGUUAAUCACAAUUGAAAGAAGCGACGGUCAGAAGCUAGGCUAUUAUAUGAGUCAAUGACCCUUCAGAAGUACCAUGUACGUUUUGGUGGGUUUUUUUACCUGAUUCUCGUUAGUCCUUGAGCCACCUUGACCUGUCAUGCAGACUUGAGCGUGAGUCCUCACAAGAAAAGCCUCACAGGUGCCUGCCAUUGUUUUGAUCAUCAGGCUUAUAUUUGGGGAUUCCCUUGAAGUUUCUCCAGUGCGAUUAAAUAAUGUUAUUCUAAUUUUAUUUUUUAAAUGGACUACUGCCUAAACCAUAAAGUAAUACCAGUAUUAGCAUUUUCAUAAUCAGCUCAAAUCAAGAGCAAAUCAACGACAAGUGCUAGAAAUAGGCUGAGCUCACAGAGGUGAGUGUGGGAAAGAGAUUAUUAAGCAGCCACCAUGUGUAGUUUGCACCUCUAACAGCUAAUUCGCUGGUGGUAUAAACAUGGCAAAUUUGCAUUAGUUUAAGGACAGUACAACUCCGACAGCUGGCGGAUGGCAGUGUAAAGAUACUAUUUCAUAUAGGCAUUCUUUUUCUUACAUGGCAAAACCCAAAACCUGACAGUAACAGAUAGCAGGCCUGGUGGUAUAAUGGGGGGGGAGGGGGGUGUAUGAAGAGAUUUAUUUUUUGUGUAUAAUAUCUGUGUGUGUGUGUAUGUGUGUGUGCUGAUCCCAGUAUUUAAGAUACUGUCAGUAGUGUUAUAACUGCUGUAUUUUCAAUUUUUGUAUUAAGGCUGUGAUGCCCUGAUAUUGUGUUAUGCUGUUAUACAGUAGUUUCAGACUUUCAUUCUUAAAAGUGCUGGUAAUUACUUGCAUUAAAUAUCAUUAUAAUGUUUUUGCCAAGAUGAAAAUGUGACAUGAGAUUCUUUGCACAUGUGCCUACAGAGGAAAGGUUUAUCAGUGUUACCUUUGAGCACCAGCUAAAUGCAUUGCACUAAACUUGAACAAUAUAGGGCCUACUCCGGCAGCAUUGCUUGUCGUUGAACUGCCAAAAAAACAUGCUAAAUCAGAAUAUUGUCCAUGCUCAAACUUUUGUAUAGGUCUAACUUCUAAUGUACUUGUAAGAUUGUUUUUUUCUGAAACAGGUCAAAGUGGUUGUUGUUAUUUAAAUUUGGUUUUAUUGUUUGAUUGUUUGUUGUCACUUUGUCUUAAACAUAUCUACAGAUGAGCUUGUAAUUAUCGCUUUUCAAUGAAUAUAUUCAUAAAAAGACUUUCCUUUGAGAAAUUAUGAUCACUGCAAUCCAUAAUACUGCUUUUGAAAACAGCAGAAAAGUUUCAAUACAUUGUUGCCUGCUA